CCUCCAAUCAUUUAAGGUAAAAAUUUGUACUGGAAAACACGCUCAAGUGAAAGGAUCAUCUCAUACCCGAGGCAUGGAGAUAGGUCUCAGCUGUCAACGGGUAUAUCCACAGAAGAACGUACAUCAGUCUACCAUCCAGCCGAGUCCUGAAUCUUGAUUAAGCCGUGCAUUGUUUGGUAGAAUGAGUACAGCUAUUUGCACCCAGAGAGAGUCUCGCACAGACUGACAACUUGGAGACAAGCACAGCUGGGGAACAGCAUGAGGCUUAAACUGAAUGUGUUGGACCUAUGCCAUACGGUGCUUUGCGUUGGGUUAAUGCUUUGUGGGGAAGGGGGUGUAUCCUCGGUGCUAGCUCUGGGUGCUAGUAUAAUCUGUAGAAAGAUACCCGGACUCUCUCCUCGUCAGCGAACAAUCUGUGAAUCUCGUCCCGAUGCCAUGAUAGCAAUUGGUACGGGAGCCCGAUUGGGGACGGAGGAGUGUCUCUAUCAAUUCCAGUACAGCAGAUGGAACUGCAGCUCCUUGGGGGAACCGAGUCUCUUUGGAGCUGAGCUAAAAGUAGGGAGCCGGGAGACAGCUUUUUUCUAUGCCAUACUGUCAGCUGGCAUUGCCCAUGCCAUCACCAAUGCCUGCAGCCAAGGCAACUUGACAUACUGUGGCUGUGACCGAGAGAAGCACAGCUAUCACGAUCCCGAGAAGGGGUGGCGUUGGGGUGGGUGCUCUGCGGAUGUGAAGCAUGGGAUCCGCUUGUCCAGAGAGUUUGUGGAUGCCAGAGAAGUGAAACGCAACGCUCGCACUUUGAUGAACCUGCACAACAACUUAGUUGGAAGAAAGUUGUUGGAGAAGAGCGUGCGACUGGAAUGUAAGUGCCAUGGAGUUUCGGGUUCGUGUACAAUGAAAACCUGCUGGGUGACACUACCCCACUUUCGAGCUGUGGGAGACAUGUUGAUGGAGCGGUACGAUCAAUCUGUUAUGGUCGAAGCUGUGAGGGGCAGGCGGCAACUGUUGCCCACGUUCCUUAAACUCACUAACCCUCAGAGCUACACCAAACCUGCGGAGACCGACUUGGUAUAUAUCGAUAGAUCCCCCAAUUUCUGUGAGAAGGACAAUAUCACAGGUACCAUGGGCACAUAUGGUCGCCUGUGUAACCGCACAUCAACUAUGUCUGACAGCUGUGAGCUCCUCUGCUGUGGGCGAGGAUACAAAACUCUUCAGUAUACCCAUACGUGGCAGUGCCACUGCAAAUUCCACUGGUGCUGCAAUGUCAUUUGCAGCACAUGUAGCGAAAGGACGCAGGCUUAUACCUGCAAUUGAUAGGGGGGAAAGGGCUCUUGAUGCUGAAUAUGAUGAAGGAAGGCCCCACCACGUGUAAACUGGGGAACUCAGUGAGCAGCGACUGCCUAGCAGAGAAAGGGCAAACGGAGUCGACCACGAAACUGCAAGCAGAGGAAGCAGACACGGAUCCACGGACACUGGGCACAUGCAUGCAGCUGCAGCAAAAACAGAAGAUGCAUGCCGUGCACUUUUUAAAAAAACGCAGCAAUUAGUUCCAGGAAUGAACUGGGUGAUUAAUCGUUAUUUUGUCUUUCAUUGAGGAGUAAAUUAAUUUAUGCUAAUAAAAGAGUGAGUAAAGAGACCUAAGAGACAGGCAAUGCUGAAAUCACAACAUGGGCCAGGGGACGAAACUUUUAGGAAACCAAUUGGAAUUUUAUUUCUCCUGUUUUGUGGGUAUGCACAUUUUUUUAAAUGAAAUGCUAUCUAGCAAGUGUAUAUUUUACCAUAUAGCUAUAUCUAUGUCAGUUUCUGUGCUUAAUUGUUUUAGUUUGUUGUUUGUUUUAGGAUUGAGGGCUUUGCAGAGAGAUUUACGAAGUAGUGAUAAUCUGGAGAGUUUUCUCCCAAAAUGGGAAAUCGGCCAAAACUCCCUCCUCAAUUUAUUUAGCUAUCAUAUUGUCUUAGAGUGAUGUUACUAAAAGUGAUGUUACUAAAAGUUUCUUUACACAAAUUGGUUUAAAACAAAAAUCCCAUAAGAGUUAUAAUUUAUUUAUUUUUUAAUUACAUUUUUUUAAAUUUCUUUUUCAUGAAAGCAAGUUACAUUAUGUAGCUGUAGUUACCAAUUGAGAUCUGAACUAUCUGUAAAAUGAAAAAAAGAGGGGACACUCUUCACACAUAAAGCAUAUCACAGACUUUGAUAUUACCCACUCCCUACAUUACUGGGAUCAAAGUUUGUGAAAUGCUUUAUGUGUGAAGAGUGUCCCCUCUUUUUUUCAUUUUACAGAAAGUGCCAAUUUCAAUAGAAAGUGGCUAUUCCAUAAAUUUAAAUUGUUACAACC